AGCUGUCCUACUGCAGCACUGCAUCGCUGUAGCACUUCCCCCUCUCUGACGUCACAGCUGACGUCUGCUCCGGGGGGCGUGUCCUACAGAAAUCCCCAGCUCAGUUUCAGACGUAGCUGCAGCUUUGCGAGAGGAAGAGGCAGUGAGGGAGGAAGAGUUUCAACAUACUGCGGAGGGAGUGCGGCCAUGGGUAACGCACAGGACAAGCCCCCGGGCAGCGGAGGAGGUGGAGGUAGGUCAGAUCAGGGCACAUCGGGGAUGGGGACGAGAAGCCGGGUUGGAAGCACCGUGGAAAAGCCCCAGACUCAGAGAGCUCCGGGGAAGGGGGUGGCCAAUGGUACGCAGAGGGAAAACAGCCCUGCUGGUGGACGAGAGGAGCAGGGCAGCCCUGCGGCAGACACAAGUUAUCUGGACGCCCCCGCCGGGGCCCUUCCUCCUCACCUGGCCCGGCUCAAGAACGCAGGGAACCACCUCUUCAAAAAUGGCCAGUUUGGGGAUGCCUUUGAGAAGUAUUCACAGGCCAUUGAUGGAUGUGCUGAAGCAGGUAUCGAUAGUCCAGAAGACCUGUGUAUUCUCUACUCCAACAGAGCGGCAUGUUUCCUAAAGAAUGGAAACAGCAACGACUGCAUACUGGACUGUAACAAGGCUUUGGAGCUGCAGCCCUACUCCUUGAAGCCCCUGUUGCGCAGAGCAAUGGCCCAUGAGUCACUGGAGCGCUACAAAAAGGCCUACGUGGAUUAUAAGACUGUCCUGCAGAUAGACACCAGUGUGCAGGCGGCUCACGACAGCGUCCACAGGAUCACCCAGAUGCUUAUCGAGCAGGACGGUCCCGAGUGGAGAGAGAAGCUUCCGGAGAUUCCCGCCGUCCCUCUGUCCGUUCAGCUGAAGCACAGGGACAAACCGAUCAGCGCCGAAGUAGCUCAAGCCCGAGCCACCAGGGCUGUUCAGGAGGAAGUCAGGAGAAAAGAUGCCUGCUUUACUUUAUUAAAACGGGAAGGCAACGAUCUGGUCAAGAAAGGCAACUUUGAGGAGGCUCUGAAGAAGUACAGCGAAUGUCUCGCAUUGAAACCGGAUGAAUGUGCUCUCUACACAAACAGAGCCAUUUGCCUCCUGAGACUGAAUCGCUUUGAAGAGGCCAAACAGGACUGUGACUCUGCUCUGCAGAUGGAGCCGGGCAACAAGAAGGCCUUCUACAGACGAGCCCUGGCUUAUAAGGGUUUACAGGACUACCUGUCGGCCAGCAGUGACCUCCAGGAAGUCCUCCACCUGGACCCAAAAGUCCAGGAGGCAGAGCAAGAGCUUGAGGUGGUGACGAGCUUGCUGAGACAGAGCUUGAUGGACAAUACUUCACAAACACCAAGGGUUUGAUGUUUGUGUGGAGGAAUGAAACAGGUUUGUGCACCUACUGUACUGUAGCAGUUAUGGAGGAAAAGGACUCUUAAAGCCAUCGGUUGCAGUAAGACCUGAAAAAAUAGAAAUGACUGGCGUUGACGUCUGGGACGGGCUCCUAGGAUCACCAGCUAUCCAGCUCUGCACCAUCUGCAAUGUGUGCAAACCACACCAUAACUCCUGAGUACACAGCCUUCCAUAACGGGCAGCUUUAUUUACAAAGGCUAACAUCAAGGUACUCAUGACCUGCUUGCACUAUAAAUCAUUCACAUUAUGAUGUAAUGUACUGUACAUACAGAUCGGUUGUAACAGGCUGCAAAGCGCUGUGUAUGGUUGAGUAACACAGGUUCAAAGUAAGAGUGGAUUAUGUGUGCCUUAUUGAGAUUUCUAACACAGUCAGGAUGAAAUACGCCAAGAUUCAACUUUGAUUUGUUUUGAUGAUGUUGUGUUUGGUUCCAUUAUGGUUCACUGAGCUCACGACCCAAAGCACUGACUGAAACUGAUACAACUCAACUGUAUUGUAUGUAGAGUUAAGGAACUCCCAGAAAGAGUUAAAAAGGUGAAAAAGUCAUCUGGCUCAGUCUUUUCUUCCAGGGUUUCAGCUUUUCCUGUUAUUUCAGAGCAUCUGUCAUUGUUUACAUAUUUUAACAACUGCUACGUUUGAAAAAAAUAUGAACCAACACCAUACUUUAAAGCAUUACUACAGCUAAAGACCCUGAAGAAGUGAUGUGGUAAAACUAUAAUUUAAGAUAAAAUAAUGAUUUAUCACAGUUAAAAUAUCUCAUGAGCGCAAGGCUUAAGUUAUUGUUAAAUAUAAAUUGUCAAUUCAUUGGUUUAGGAAAUAUCCAGCAAUUGAAGGUAGCAUUACUUAAUCAUGUACUGUAAGAAUUGUAGGUCUCAGGUUCAAUCUCGAAUGAAACCAAGAUGACUGCGUGUGUCUUUGUGUGUGAAUAGGUGUACAGUUUACGUUUGGAAAGUCUCUUAUCGGAAUAGUUUCAAUAGCUUUUAACUCUGAACCCUUGGAUCCGUUCAUAAAACCCCUCACAGCCUCCAUUCAACUAAAACAAAAAAAAAAACCCAUACGUGUUAGAGAAGAGAAGCAACCUGCAGAGUGAUGAAUUGCAAUCAAUAGCAGUUCAGCCUGAGAAACUAAAACAGCUUGUCUCGCUUCUCCAUCAACUUGUUAGUCUCCAAAAACAUUGUAAAGCCCUACAGCCGUGAUCCGCACAAACAGGUCUUUUCACUUUAUUUGCUAAUUAGAGCUCCCCUCAGGUCUGUGUGGAUGUCUACAGGCCGUGCUUGUUUGACAGCUACCUGACUCGCCUGUUUGCAUUAUCACACCUGUUUGGGAACGACAAAGACUUUAAUCACUCUAGCAGACUUCAAUAGGAGCAGAGGCGUAAUUAAAUGAAAUAACUGAAAACACCUGUGUUGGUGUGCAGGGCCUUUUAAAUAUCCUUCUUUUAAAUCUCCCAUUAACAUGCUUUGAAACAAUCCUGCGUCAGCCCUGUUACACCCAAAACAAUGUAAAUCUUUGUACAGCACAAUGUGCCACAACUUUUAUUUCUUUCAUACUCUGAUGUAUUAAUUAAUAAGUCCAAUCUUAUCUUACCUGUUAACCCUUUUUUUCCUCUUGUAUUGUCUAAUUUAAAGCAUAAAAAUCUCAACUAAAUGAAAACACUUGAUAUGAGGCUUGACGUGUUGCUUUGUGGAAUGUAAGAGCAUGUACUGUAUGUAAAUAGUUUGGAUGCAAAUGUAAAUAAUAAACUGCUAUA